AUGGCCCUGGGUGACAGUCACACAAGGCGAAACGCGUACGAUGGAGAACUUGAAUUCUUUGUGGUUUUGAGUGAAAAAGCCAAGAGAACAGAGGAAAGCUCAUAUGAAGAAGAACAUAGGAAGCGACAGAAGGUUGAUCACGACCCCAGUUCCGAUCUUGGCACAAACUUCAGUGCACUGGAUGCUCGGGCAACGAGGGAAGCUGAAGAAAAGAAAAAACAGGUUGAAACACCACAGGUGACCAAGUACCUGCAGACGAAAGAAACUUUGAAGAAGUUUCUCACUUCCAUGAUGAGCAAAGCCGGAAAACUUCGCCAUUUGGUCCGUGACCUGAAGAAGAGCUACUGUGAUUCCGCUACAGCAACGUGCCUGAAGACCUUGGAGACGCACAUCGCUGAUGUGGACAAGCACUAUGAUCGCUGCAAUGAAUCGUGGGCCACAGGGGAGGUUGAGGAUUUUGGUACUGAAGAGUGGUACAAACAGGCCGAGCAGCGCAUGAAAGAUGCCACGUUUGUGUGUGCCAAGGCCACGGCAUAUGAAACCAAGAUCAGGAACGCAAAGAAGUACUAUGAGAAGAAGGGCCCAGCUGAGCAAGAUGAUGGGAUGGACCAUGAGUUGCCCAAGAAAAAAAAGGAAUCUGAAAAGAAUCCCAAGAAAAACAAAAAGGACAAAAAGUCCAAGAAAGACAAGUAG